GAGCGAAUGCUUCAAGCCGCGAACUUUUGCUAUGAGUUCUCUUACCGGUCUGAGGUUCUUGCGGCCAUACUUGCAGCAGGAUGUGCCUGUCGUGAGACACGCAGCAUACCUACGAUUCUUCUCGACGUCGCGAUCAUGUCUCGCAGCCACGAAGAAGAAAAGGAACCUGGAGGGGGUGGGACCCAAGGUUACGACCAAGAGUGAUGUGCAAGGAAGACUGGAUGAGCUGAGGGUUAAUGAAAAGUUGGAUUGGCCCAGAUUAACAAGCAAUCGACACGCUAUGACUACAUCAGACUUCAUUGUGAAGUACCGCGAUAUGAAGCCCUGCGAGUUCAAAAACAGUGACUUUGUGAUGUUACGAGGUCGUGUGCUGGCGUCCCGAAUAGCUAGUUCGGCUCUCGUAUUCCUGGAUAUAAUGCAAGAGGGCACUCCCGUUCAAAUAGUCGCCGAUCUCUCUCGUGUUGAUGCUAUAGAGGGUGAGGGCAGAAAAGUUUUCAGAGCCUUCUACCAUCUGGUUCGGAGAGGCGAUAUCAUCUCUGUGUACGGACAUCCUUACGUUACCAAGCGAGGACAACUGUCUCUCAGCGCUGUAGAGAUCCCCCAGAUCGUGUCGCCUUCCUUAGCCAGUCAUCCACUUACACUUGAGGACCGAGAAACCCGCAUUCGAAACCGCCAUGUAGACAUGUUGGUCAACAAAAGUGUAGUGGAAACACUACGACUCCGCUCUCACAUCAUCCAAAACAUGCGAGACUUCCUCCUCAAAGAUAACUUCAUGGAAGUACAGACACCUCUCAUAGCAGACAAGGCCGGUGGAGCGAUCGCCAAACCUUUCACGACUGUCGCUACAGAGUUCUCCGAGAAGCAAUUAGCUCUACGUAUUGCGCCUGAGAUGUGGUUGAAGAGACUGAUCAUUGGAGGCAUGGAUAGAGUAUUCGAGAUUGGUCCUGCUUUCCGGAAUGAGGGAUUGGAUGCUACUCAUAACCCUGAGUUUACCACUUGCGAGUUCUACAGAGCUUUUACGGAUCUGGAGGAUUUGAUGAAAAUGACCGAAAGCAUGCUGUCAAGUAUAGCAACUCGUGUCGACGAACUCCGCAAAACAACACUUACCAAUCUCCCCGCCGGGCCGCCCCUGGAAGACUACUUGCAGCCUUUCCAACGACUGGAGUUCAUACCCACCAUUGAAGCCGCUCUCGGAUCUUCACUACCUGACCUCUCAUCCCCCACCUCCGAAGCAGACCUAAUAGCACUCUUUGAACAACACUCAAUCCCCCUUCCAAAAUCAACUACCCUCCCCCGCCUCCUGGACAAACUCUCCUCAAUCUACAUCGAACCUUCCUGUACGACCCCAACCUUCAUCACCCACCACCCCUCCUGCAUGGCCCCCCUCUCGAAAUCCUUCCCCUGCCCCAAAACGAACCAGUCCAUCUCCGCCCGCGCCGAGCUCUUCAUCGCCCACCGCGAAAUCGCAAACAUGUACGAAGAAGAGAACUCGCCGCUCUCUCAGCGCGAGAAAUUCACUCAGCAGCUCCAAUGGAAAGACGACGAGAACCGCACCGGCGUCGACGAGAGUUACAUCGAAGCCCUGGAGUACGGAUUGCCGCCCACAGGAGGAUGGGGCGCCGGCAUCGACAGGAUCGUGAUGCUAUUUGCGGGUGCGAGGAGAAUAAGCGAUGUGUUGGCUUUUGGGAGUUUGAGGAACGUGGUUAACCUGGGGAGUCAGAACAAUGGUGGUGCUAUAGGCCCUACUGAUGUCACGGUUACGGCGUGGAGGAAAAGAAAGCAGGAGCUUGAGAAGGCGAGAAGGGCGAAGGUGAAGGCGGGGAAUGUGGCGAUGAUAGAGAAGGACUUGGAGGUCAUGUUGAGGAGAGCGAGGGAAUUGGGGUUGGCAGCUGUGGUGCCUGGAUUGGAUGAGAAGAUUGGGAUGGAGGGAGAUAAUAGAGAUAUAAAGGAUUUAGAAAAGGAGGAGGAGAAGAGGGCGGUAGGAGAUGUAUGAGUACUAAUUGUUGAGAGGCAGGGCUGGCUGGCUGUAAGAUAUCUGCUGUAAUAUAUGUACAACUGUGAUAUACUGUAUAGACAAUAAACUAGAAAUUGUAUUGCGUAUUUACUGUCUACAUCUAUUUAUCUAUACUUACUGUUUAACUUAUUAACUGUUAACUCAUCAACUAUCACUUCCUUUUUCCUAUAAAUCCCCGAUUCCUAAACCCAUUACUCCCAACACUCUGCAAUCUCCUCCUCAUCUUCACUUCGCCCCUUCACUGUCAUUUCUCACUGCUCCUCUCCCCUCUUACCACCCUUCCCUUCUCUCCCUUCUCCCCUCUAAAGUUAUAUUUAUAUCCUCACUCCAUCUCACCAGCCUCACACCCAUCUCACAUCCCACACCCCAUCCCAUCCCAUCUCAUCCCUUCCCCUCCUUACUACCCUCACCUUCCUCUUCUCACCAGCCUCACAUCUCAUCCCACCAGCCUCACAUCCUACCACCAACCACCAAAGUACCAAGUUGCCAAGCGCCAAGUCCACAACUCCUCUUGGCACCCCCCAAACCACACCCUUUCAUAGGACAAGCCAAGACCGCCAAGCACAAAAUGUGCGACAUGCGACAAAAUCGACGGGUAGGCGUGCGGGAAGGGUGGUGAUUGGUUGGG